AUGAAUAUCCUCGUUGAUCCUGAUACCGGCCAUAUCACUGGUGUGGUUGACUGGGCAGAUGCUACUAUCGAACCAUUCGGCAUGGCUCUAUGGGGACUAGAGAGUGUGCUUGGUUGCAGCGGCCCUACUGGCUGGUCAUACUUUGGAAGCGACCCUUCCUAUUCACACCUUGGGUGUGAUCCUUCCCGAUCACGAGCGCUAUUUUGGAGGGCUUUCUUAAGAGAAAUCGAAUGGAAAAUCUCGGAUGAAUGUCGCCAUGCUGUUAAUGAAGUUAGGACUCUUGGAGUUUUACUUCGAUAUGGUUUCCGCUGGGAAAAUGGGACGGUGAGCCCUGUGAAGGAUACUACCUACCUCGAUGUGUUUCUCAAAGAUGAGUUGAAGUUGGCUGAGGAGUCACAUGGGUCCGAAGGGACAGAUUAA